UGUAUUUUAAGGAAGCUGCCAGCUAGCUGGGCCACUCACUAUGGCUGCUCUUUCCCGGGGUCUUCCCCCAUGCAACCUGACAUAUGUAAGUCCUGGUAACUACCGUGAUGAGAAACAGAGACUCUGGAUGGUUGUGAGUCAUGAAUUUACUCCCGAUAACACUCAUAACUGGCCUGGAGACUCCCUCAUUAUCAGGAUGCAGCAGGUGAGCAAAGUCUCCCAGGAGGCCCCGUCCAGCGUAUCCCCAUGUUUGGCUUAUAUCCCCACGAAGUGGGUGCAGUAUUCUCUGAUAUUAUACCUGGGGUCAGACAACCGGUUCUGGAAAUUAAUGGACCACAUCCAGAUUGGAGGCAGAGAACAAUUGGACCUGAAGCUGGACUUCAGUGAAGGUCUCUAGUAUGGCAGUGCCUCCUGGUUGGCAGCCCUGAACUUCAGAUAAUCUGCUUCCGUGAGCCUGGCUGCCUGUGUCCUGAGCCUCCUCCCUUCCUGGGUACAGCUAUGACUUUCUUGUCUCCUUUUGCCUCUGAUGCUGACCUUACAGAUUGUCCUUCUAAAGACCUCUCAUCCUUUUGAGUCCCUCUCCUGGACUCCCAGUGCAGCAUGCCCCUCAGGUGACUCUGAUCUGGAGGCACUUGUGGAGCAGGUAUGGAUGGGGACUCCACGCCCUGUGGAUCUCUGAGCUACCAAUGCUGUCUGGAAGUUGACCUGGUGCUGGGCAGAGGACUCUGUGCUCCGUGCUUGAAGGCACAAUGGGAUGUGCACAGGGGCAUCUGGUCACUUCUCCCACAUGCUCAGGACUUGGGUCCCAGAAGUGAUGCUGACCCUAAUGCCUGCCCCAAACUUGUUUUUAACUAAUUAAACUUAACUGCUUUUCCUUAAA